AAUGCCGCGCGCUCCGGGUCUCGGCGAUGCAAUGCGGCGCGCCUAGCACUCGAAAUAUGCGAUCGCCGGGCAUCAGGUAUGUGCUGGAUGAUCGAUUCGGGCAAGCUGGGGCUCCAAUGCCGCGGCAUGGCGGUGAUAAAGCCCGAUCAGGUUAGACACAAGCACACGGAUCACGUCGCGGCUGUGGAUUUCUUCGAGGAAGGGAUGGAUUCCCAGGAGGAGCUGGAUGCCGAGGAGGAGCUGGGAGGAGAAGAUAAAUCGGGUGCAUCGGGAAAGAGUCACAUUGACAGGGUCGUGUGGUGCAUCGACCUUUGCGACUCAGCGUCCGAACUUACAUUUAGUCUCAACGCUCUCAAGCACAGCGGCAUCAACCUCAUGCCUUACGAUCUUCCAGCCAUUUUCAAGAGGAUAAAGCAUCCUUCCAAGGCCAUGGGCUUCUACAAAUGGGUGAAAGACGAGCCGGAUCUCACGCUUGCUAGCGAGGCUUAUGAGAGCAUCGUGAAGAUCUUGUGCGAUCGAAAGCACUAUGGAAGUAUGUGGAGCGUUCUGGACGAGAUGAAGAGAAACCGAGCCGGGGUGCCAGACUUCGUCUUCUUCACCAUCUUUAAGAGCUGUGCUCGAGCUCAGAACUCCACUGAGGCGGCUCACGCUUUCAACAGGAUGGCUGACUAUGGUUGCAAGCCCAGUGAGGAUCUCUACAACAGUUUGAUCGCGACGCUUCUCCAGUGCUCGGCUGAGAAGGCCGCGGUGGCUUAUAUAGGCAGGAUGGAGCAGGCACGGUUUCGACUUAACGACGACAACAUAAAUCUCUUGCGUGUCGUCCAGAGGAGAUCGGAGGUUCACAGAGACUACGAAGCAAUCCUUGCCGGAGACGUCCCACACACGGUGGAGUUUUGCUGCGAGACUAUCCUCAAGCUUUGCAAAGUUUAUAAGCUGGACGAAGCUAUGGAAGUCUUCCGGUUCAUGGCCCGGUCAAGGUUCCACCUUACGCCCGAAGUCUACGAAACUCUCACGAACUAUCUCGCGGAGACUGAAAGGAGUGCCGACGCUCUCAAGGUCUUCAAGGUUCUCGUGAAGCUCAAGGACCGGCCGACGUUCUUCACAUGCAUUUGGGUGGCGAGCUCGCUAGUCAUGGAUCUCAAGUUCCGGGACGCUAGAAUGAUCGUGGAGGCUCUCAAGGGAUCGAAGUACCGGUUCAAGCUCCGAGAGUAUAUCACGCGGCUCUGCGUCGCGACGCUGACAAAGGCAACGUGGGACUUGCUCCGCUUCAUGAAGUACAGCGGUUACCAGCCCAACCGCGGCACUUACAUCGCUUGCGUCCGAGCAGCACACAAACGCCUCAAGAAGCCUCUGGUCGUCCAAGACGUGAUUCGCGCUGGUGGCAGCUCGAUGCUCCUGCCAUCCAAUCUCCUCCUCAAGAUACUCGCCAACAGCGACCACCGUUACUUAUGGGAUUUCGUGAGGUUCAUGGAGGAGAAGAAGCUCAAGCCGAACUCCUACAGCUACUCGCGGCUCAUCAAGGCGUACUACAAGGCGGACAAGAUGAAGUUCGCGUGGCAAGCGUACGAGGAGAUGAGAAGCAAGGACAUGUUUCCUUCCAGCUGGGCUUACGCUUGCUUGGUUCACGACGCUGCUUGGAGCAUCAGCGGGGACUAUGCAGUGGAGCUGUUCGACGAGGCGGUCGAGAAGCGCGGGCUCCCGCAUCCCAGGAUGGCCAAGCACCUCAUCGUUACGCUGUGCUACCGGGGCUGCUCCGACACGGCUCUCAGGAUCUACAAGGAGCUCAAAGCUCGGGGAGCUGUUCUCCACUCGAGCUUGCGAGUACUGCGGUGCCUGAGGACUGUGAAAACGGCUGCGACCCGUGAGCUUCUCGCGGAGAUCGAGGAAGACAUUCUUCACAGGUGGCAAGUCGCAAGUGGAAUCAUGGAUAGCGUUUCUUAGCGAGAGGCCGAUCCUUGAGCAUGGCAACAGACAGUGCUGCAAUUAUGGAAACAGCGACGAGAGAUGACGAUUUGUACACCAAGGAUGGGACUGUUGAUAUUUGUGGGAGGCGUGCGACUC